AUGUCUCUCCCAUAUGCGCCUAGAUCCGCCUACUACGACGGCAAGCUUCAAGCAGGCUCAUCUACCUCCACCUUCCAGACCAUUGAUCCUGCGACUGCCCAACCCGUCGCAAACAUCCACACAACCUCCAAUGCUGGCAUAGAUGCUGCGAUAGCCUCGGCGCAACGGGCGUUCCCCGCAUGGUCCGCGACACCACCCAUCGAGCGCGCGCGCAUCCUCCAGCGAGCGGCUGCCCUGCUUCGCGCACGAAAUGACGAACUCGCCCGUAUCGAGACCAGCGACACCGGCAAGCCCUUCUCCGAGACCUCGACCGUAGAUGUAGUCACCGGCGCCGAUGUCCUCGAGUACUUUGCGAACCUCGUAGGCGGAGGUGGCAUGAACGGCGAAACGGCACAGCUGCGACCAGACGCGUGGGUGUACACAACCAAGAACUCGCUGGGCGUAUGUGCGGGCAUUGGCGCGUGGAACUACCCCAUUCAGAUCGCGCUGUGGAAGUCUGCGCCCUGUCUGGCUGCCGGCAACUGCAUGGUCUACAAACCAUCAGAGUUCACACCACUGCAUUCCACCGUACUAGCGGACAUCUACGCUGAAGCUGGAGUACCGCCGGGUGUCUUCAACGUCGUACAGGGCGGCGGCGAGGUCGGCGCAUGCCUCACCAAGCACUCCGGCAUCGCCAAGGUCAGCUUCACCGGACAGGUCUCGACAGGCAAGAAGGUCGCAGGUAGCGCAUCCGGCGAGAUGAAGUACGUGACAAUGGAGCUGGGCGGCAAGUCGGCAUGCGUCAUUCUUCCAGAUGCGGAUGUCGACCAGGCAGUCGACGGCGCGAUGCUGGCCAACUUCUUCUCAACAGGACAGGUCUGCACCAACGGCACACGAGUCUUUAUUCCCGAAGCAAUGAAGUCGGAAUUCGAGAAGCGAUUGCUGAAGAAGAUGCAAUACAUUCGUCCGGGCAACCUCCACGACAUGGCCACCAACUUCGGCCCGCUGGUAUCGAAGCCGCACUACGAGAAGGUCAUACAAUACAUCAAGCACGGCCGCGACAACGACAAGGCAAAGAUGCUAUGCGGCGGCCCUGAGACCCCAUCAUGGGUUGCGUCACACAGCGACAAGGCAUACCAGAACGGCUACUGGGUCCAACCCACCGUCUUCACAGAUUGCACCGACGACAUGAAGAUCGUCCGGGAAGAAAUCUUCGGCCCUGUCAUGUCCAUCCUCACAUACAAGACGGUCGAGGAAGUCGUCCAACGCGCCAACAACACCGAUGUCGGUCUUGCGGCGGGUGUCUUCACCAAAGACCUUAACCUCGCGCACAAGGUUAUCGCUCAGCUCGAAGCGGGUAUCACAUGGGUCAACACUUGGGGCGAAAGCCCGGCUGAGAUGAGCGUUGGUGGCUGGAAGCAGAGUGGUGUUGGUGUGGAGAAUGGUAAGAAGGGUCUUGAGGCUUGGGUUAGGAAUAAGAGUACGCUUGUUGAGAUGGGUGGGGCUGUACCGACUGUUUUUGCGAAGCUGUAG